AUGGCCAAAUCAAAGGACAAACGCUCUGCGAAGACAGAAAAGAAGACAAGCACGCCCAAGAAGAGUCACAAGUCAGACAGUUCAUUCAUCAAAGUCGACAAAACCGCGUUUGACCCUGCGCUAGCAUCGCUGUUUGCGGCCAGUGCGGGUCCCGUACAAGCGCCUCCAAAAUCACGGUACCAAGCGCGUGUACAAGGAAAAGCGACCGAAGACUCGAGUGAAGAUGAAGACGAAGGCGAUGAGAACGAUGCGGAACUGAGCUCGGCAUCUGGAAGCUUGCCCGACGACGACGACGACGACGACGAGGAUGAAGACGAAGACGCGGACAUGUCAGAUGCUAGCGAAGCAUCCGAGUCCAAGAACGAGGCUGCUCUAGCAAAACUGCGUGAAGCCGCACUGCACGGCGCAGUAGAAAAGCCCAAGAAGCGCAAGCGAGGUGACAAGGAGGAAAUCGAGGACGCCUACAUGCGAAAAUUGGCACGAGAGGAAGAGAAAGAGGAGGAGCAAAGACAAAAGAAGCGCAAGACAGAAGAAGAAGAUGAUGAGGACGAUGAGGAUGAGGAGUCUUCAGACGAGAACGACGAAGACGAGUCUUCAGAUGAAGAAGACGAGGACGAGGAAGCGGAAGAUGUCAAGGCUGCAGACAAGGCCGAAGACCUCACUAUCCCCAAGCACGAGUCGCUCAUGGAGAAGACCGACGAGAGCGCUUCUGAAGUAGAGAAGGCAUCGCGCACAGUCUUCCUGAGCAAUGUCUCGGUCGAGUGCAUAAAUUCCAAGCCCGCCGAAAAGGCCCUCAAGAAGCAUCUAGAGUCCUUCAUAUCCGAUCUUGCCGACAACAAGCCUCCGCACAAGAUCGAGUCGAUCCGUUUCCGAUCAACAGCAUUCGGUACCUCGCUCCCCAAACGCGCUGCCUUUGCAACCAAGGACAUUAUGGACGCGACUACAAAGAGCACAAACGCAUACGUGGUCUACACAACCAAGAUUGCCGCAAGAGAAGCUGUCAAGAGACUAAACGGUUCCAUGCUACUCAAGCGUCACCUCCACGUCGACUCGUUAGCCCAUCCCUACAAAGUCGACCAUCGUCGCUGUGUCUUCGUCGGCAACCUCCCCUUUGUAGAUGACGAGUCCCAAACACCCGUGGCAGAAGGCGAGAAGCCCAAAAAGAACAAGCCCGCCUCCGACAUCGAAGAAGGUCUCUGGGUCCACUUCGCUAAAUGCGGGAAAAUCGAGAGCGUGCGUGUAGUCCGCGAUGCAAAGACGAGAGUCGGCAAGGGGUUCGCUUACGUCCAGUUCGUGGAUGAGAACGGCGUGGAAGCCGCGCUGCAACUCAACGAGAAAAUGUUCCCGCCUAUGCUUCCCCGCAAACUUCGUGUGACGCGUUGUAAAGCGGAGAAGAAGAACAAGGAUAAGCCGAGAGGACCACCGCCAACCAAGACACCGGGAGCAGCAAAGGGCAAACCUGGUGCUGGUUACAAACAAAAGCUUACCGAAGAGCAGAAGUCACAACAAGGACGUGCGAGGUCGAUGCUGGGUAAAGUCGCCAAGGCACAAACGAAGGAAGGUUUUGUAUUUGAAGGUCACAGAGCGAGUGAGAGGCAGGGUAAGAGUGGGCUCAAGUUCAAGGGCAGUGGAGGCAAGAAGAAGGGUCCCAAUGGACGGAAGAGCAGAAGUGCGGGCUGGAAGAAGACUGGUGGGAAGAAACGGGCAUAA